AUGGAAAUCAACACUCGCGCAGCGGCACCGCCAGUGGAAACCAUCAAAGUGUUUUGGGAAUCACCGGAACUAUCUCGAAUGAAACCAAAGCGUGGCGUCGAGGUGCGACAGAACACCGUGAGCCCAGACCGCCGAACCAUACUGCAGAAGUUCAAAGACCUUCUCCGAAAUACGGCAAUUCGCGAGCCGCAGCCAUAUGUGGAUGUCGACCGACAGGUAUUUAAACCGAAUGGGCAGAACUGCAUGAAAGAAGUACAUGCUUGUGGGGAAGCACGCCUGUUCAGGCGAAAACUGCUUGCUCGGCUCGAUGGACUCACAGUCCACAACAGCCCAUUCCUUGAGAGUUCCAUACGCAACCCCGGCAAGAACAGCCCACUGCCGCUGUCGAUUUCUAAAUCGAACGCGACACUCACCAGGGUGACAACGGGCUGGAGUCUGGACGCGAACCUCGUGGUGAAGGCGGGGGAAUUCUCCCUGAAUGUAGUCGGCAAAUACUCGAACACCAAAGAAAAGUCCAACACAUUCACCACAUCAUUUGCGUCAACUCUCCAAUGCCCCCCUAGACACGAGUGCCGCUUUGAAACCUGGACAUUCUUCGCCAAAGUGCAAGGGGGGUGCAGAUCGGAGCAAUGGAUACAGUGCUUCGAGCACAGGAGGGAUGGCCUGGUUGGGGACAACAUGUGCCGGGAGAACUCGAGGUGGUCCAGAAUCAACGAAGGCUUUUCGCCCUACGAGCCCGCCGGGACAUGCAAGCAUUUGUUCGACAUCCAGGCGCGAACCUGCAAGCUCCCCAUUGAGAAGUGCGAGGUGGAAUUCCCGCUGAAGUCAGAGGACGGGACGCCGCUGCGGCAGAUUGUGGGCAUUGAGGUGCCGCUGCCGGCCGACGAGCUGUAA